AAAAUAUUUUAGACAUUUCUAAAUAAUUAUAAUUUGUUAUAAAUAAAUUUCACCUCUAACGAUUAUUAGUAUUUUAUUAUUUUAGUCGAAAUUGUUCAUACGUAAAAUCUACUCCAUUAGUUUCACAUGUUUCAAACCCAGAUCUCAAUUACGUGAGUGAUAUAUUACUUAAACUAGUUGAAAUCUUGGUUUAAUUGAAUGGAAAAGAAUGGAUUCUUCAGCAACUGAAUCUGCCCCUAGCUCAAGUGAAAAACCUGGAAUGACUGUACUCAUGAGACAAAAAAACCAUGUAUACAAUUGGAACGAUAUAACAAAUGAAUUCAUGGGUUCUGUUAAAGAUUUAGCUCUGGGGGAACUUUUACAUGAUGAUAUGUUCGGGUUAUUUGAAGCAAUGUCAGCUAUUGAAAUGAUGGAUCCCAAAAUGGAUGCAGGAAUGAUGUGCAAUAGAGGCUUUAAACAUAUUAUGGAUUUCGAUGAACAGGUCAAGCAAAAUAUCUUGAAAUUGAAAGAUUUCACCAGCGAAGAAAGAAUAGGAAUCAUUGAUACUACACUUGCUUGCAUUGUUUCUUGGCUGGAAGGGCACUCAUUGGCACAAACCGUUUUCAUUAAUUUAUAUCUGCAUAAACCUUACAUGAUAGAAGACAGAAUUAUGAAAGUAUUUUCAUUAUCUGUGUAUAAGCUCGUAGAAAUUCUCAAAGAUUAUAUACACAAGGCAAUGGUAUAUGAAGAGGAGGAUUUUCAGCCUAUGCAGUAUGGAUAUUACUUAGUUCCUGAAAUUUCUGAACAAAGAAUGUCGGGAAUGUUGAGAGAAAUAGAAGAAGAACUGUCUAAAAAGUUGAAAUCCUCAGAUAAUGCUGAACUGAUCCAAGCAGAACACUCUCGCAUAAAAUUCAUAAAAGCACUAUAUCAGUCAUUACUUUCUUUACGUAAAGAAAAUCAGUUGAAUAAUGUAGAUAACAUAAGAUUGUUGAAUACAGCACUGGACAUGUUGCAACAUGUGAAAAAUACAGUAGAUUUUGGAAUAGAGGGAAUAGAAGAUGGAAAAUCAAGUAUGUUAGGAUUUGAACCUAUGAUAAAUCAAAGACUGUUGCCCCCAACUUUCCCAAGAUAUACAAAAAUCAAACCAAAGAAAGAAGCAUUAAUUUACUUUGAAGAAAUGUUAGAUAGACUGAAAAUUGUUUGUAGGUUGUCGACAACCAAUGGCUUGAAUCAAGUUUUGGAUUUCUUUAUCGAAUAUAGCAAAACUGGUCCAUGUAUUUUGUCUAGAUCAGCUUUGCAGUUAGUUUAUCCAGUUAAUAACAGCAAAUUCAUGAAGGAACAAUUAAGAGAUGCUGUUAAAUCUUUUAUUGCCCCACCUUCAUUGACUGUGAAAAGUCUUCAAGGAAAUACUCAGGCUAAACAAUAUGUAGAUUCUUUCCUGACGCAUUGCGUUAGACCAUUCUCGAACUUCCUACAACUUUGUGGCCAUAACAGGGCGCGUCAGCGAGACAAAUUGGCACAUCUCUUGGAAGAUUUCAGCAAUUUGCAAGAUGAGGCAGAGAGAGUUGACGCAUUUCUCCAUAAUAUUGCAGCGAGUUCCAACGUGUCAAGACAGCAUUUGGCCUGUUUUGGCACCUGGAUUUUGUAUCACACCUUGAGAAUCAUGAUAAUGUACCUUCUGACUGGGUUCGAAUUGCAACUUUACAUUGCCCAUGAGUUCUAUUACAUUUAUUGGUAUCUUUACGAAUUUCUGUAUGGAUGGCUGAUAUCUGCGCUCACCAGAGCUGAUAGUUUCUUAGUAGAGAACGAUUUGAUGAAUGACACCAACAAACAAAAGAACGCUAACAAAAAGAAGCCAAAGCAUAAGAAAAAACCUAGGCCUUAUAUGAAAGACAUAGCAUAUUAUCAAGCUUUGCAAAAUAUGUGUGGAGGAUAUUAUAAAGCUUUGUUAGCUUUUCGUUUCGAAGGCAAACUUCAAGUGCCAAACCCCCAAUUCGACUGUGAACAAGUUAGGUAUGAACACCGUUUCGCCCCUUUUCAGAAUCUCCUAACACCACCGCCUGUACAAUACGCCGAGUUUCGCGAAAUGACGUCCUUACAGAACUUCCAGCAUCAGCCUGUAGAUAGCACUUAUCUCUACAUUGGAGGCUGUAAGCAUUUUCAUCAGGCAAGACAGCUAUUAGAGACUAUACCGCAAGAGAGCGAAGUGGUUGAAUUAAUAAAAAUUUGUAAAACCAAUUUUAUUGUUUUGAAGUUGCUGGCCGGGGGACAUAAAAAGGAUUCAACUAAUCCUCCAGAGUUUGUGUUUGAUCAGUGUAAAUAUUUUCCGAUUAUCAAACUUGUUUAGAAAAUAAAUUAGAUUUCAGUAACGUUAAUAACAGAUUCAGGUCUUGUAUUGUUUUUUUUUAAAUAAAUUAUAUCUCCUGAACCA